GACGAAGGAUGUCUUCAGGAAAUAUCGCGUGACUAGAGAGACUGACAGACUUGUGUCGGAACAAGGGAGGGAAUUGCGCGAGGAAUACGACGUCGAGUUAGAAUGCCUAAAUGAUUCUUUAGGCCAAAGACGAAGGGUUAUCACAGACCAAAGGCUAAAUCUCCAGGCGGAAACCGACGAGAUCUUGCGAGCAGAAUCUGACUUCAACUUCCCCAAAAUACACAUCAUGGGCCAUUUCGCAGAGCACAUUUGUCAAUACGCCAAUAUUUCGGACUAUUCGAUGGAGUCUUGCGAGUCAGCCAACAGGGAUCAGAUCAAAAUACCGUAUCGUAAGAGCAAUCGCAUCGAUCCCGCAAUGCAGAUACUUCAGAUGUUUAACCAUGAUUAUACGUUUUCCAUUUGCGAAUUAAAUCUCCUAUAA